GAGGCGAGGGAAGUUUGAAGUGAAGUGGCGGCCCGUGUGGGUGAGGCGGCGGUAUGGCGGGCGACCGCGACAUCCCCGGCGAGCUCAGCCUCAUGGAUAAGGGCGUUAAGAGCUUGCUGGAGGUCUCGCUGAGCUCGGACCUGCGCACGCUCAACGUGCACUGUAACCGUAUCGCCAGAAUCGAAGGGCUUGGCCACCUUCGGAAUCUGCAGCAUUUAGAUCUGUCGUCAAACCAAAUCCGCCGGAUCGAGGGGCUGAGUUCCCUGGCUAAUCUGCGCACCCUAAGCUUAUCCUGUAACCUGAUAACAAAAGUGGAGGGACUGGAAAAACUCUUUAAUUUAAUUGUACUGAAUUUAUCGUAUAAUCGCAUCCAUGAUCUCUCUGGAUUUCAGUCCCUUCAUGGAACCAGUCAUAAGAUUAGCCAUAUUGACCUUCACGGCAACUGUGUAAACAAUAUUAAUCACUUACUUCAGUGCACAAAGGGGCUGCGCUGUUUGACGAGUCUGACACUGGAAAAAAAUGGAAAAGCCAAUCCAGUUUGUCACACAGCAGGUUAUAGAGAAACUGUUCUUCAGACAUUGCCCCAGCUAACAGCUCUAGAUGGAAGAAAUAUUUCUGGUGAUCCAGUGGACCCAGCAGAAGAAAACUGUUCAGAUUUCCAGUGUUUAGAAGACAUUUUGGGCUGUUUGGUUUCAUAUGGGUGCCCCUCAUCCAAAGAUCAGAACUAUGUAACCUUACCAGUGGUGACACCACAUAUUGACCAGGCGUUAGCUCAUUUUCAUCAACGUACAAGAAUACCAGCACAAAGUGCCAUCAGCUCCUCUACAGAGAUUGUCUCAUCUUCAGAACCAGAGAAGGCCGAACUUGAUAAAAUAUACAGUGAGAUAAGGAUUAAAAAAAUAGAAGAUCAAAUUUCACAGAUACUGCAAAAGGUAUCUGAUGCCUCAAGAAGGGAAGCUCCUCCAAAUGUUCUCAAAGCUAAGAGAGACACAGAUCCAACUUCUGAGAGUGAAAAUGAGAGCGGGAAGGAGAACAACAGAAAGAUUGUGAAAAGAAGCAAGAUCCCUACUUACCGUAAAACUACCUUAUCUACUAGGUAUCAUGCAAAUCAUCUUAAGAACAAAGUAACUGACAGGGAAGAGAAGAAAAGUUCCUCAACAUGUCCACGCUCCAGUCAGAGAGACUGUCAUCUCAAUUCAUCAUCAGAUACUCGAGACUUGGAAGUAGUGGGAAGAAAAGCUGAAAUAUUAACUGGAAGACAGAGCAAUAUAGAAAAAGUAGAAGAAAUUAAUUCAAAUGCCACAGAAGAAACAACAUACCGAGCGCUGAUUCAAGAACUGGAUCAGGAGAAAGAAAGGAGAUGGAAAGCAGAGCAAGCAGAGAAGAAAUUAAUAGAGCAUGUCAGAGAGCUACAGAAGCAUGCAAAAGAAGAAAAGAAUAUUCAAAGUAUGGCUGUAUACACUACAAACAGGUUAAAGGAAUUGAUAUUGAAAGAGAGAGAUGUUAAAACAAGACUGCAAGCGGAUGUCCAACAGUUGAAGGGUGAAACUGAAAGACUUACUAAUGAGUUAAAUCAGUCAAGAAAUAAAGAAGCAGAACAUCAGAAGGCCAUCCAAGCUUUAGAAGAAACACUAUCCAAGAUGGAGACACAGAGAUUGCAACAACGAACAACAGAGAUGAAACAGGUGCAAGAAGCAGAGCUUAGAGCAUCAGCAAAUGAAAGAGAAGUACAGUUACUUCGAAUAUCCUUCCGACAACAGAAGGAGAAGGUAAAACAACUACAUGAACUUCUUGUAUUAAGAGAGCAAGAGCAAAGGAAAGAACUUGAAACCCGAGUUCCUUUAAAUGGACCUGAAUUUCAAGAUGCUUUGUCAAAAGAAGUGGCUAAAGAGGAACAAAGGCAUGAACAGUGUGUUAAAGAACUUCAGGAGAAAAUUACUAUGUUAAACCAGAAGUACAAAGAGUUAGAAGAUGAAUUUCGUUUAGCUUUAACUAUUGAAGCAAAAAGGUUUAAAGAGGUAAAACAGGGUUUUGAAAAUGUUGCUGCUGAUCUAGUUGAACAUAAACGAGCCCUGUCUGAGUCUGAACAAAAGGAAAAAGAGAUGGCAAGUCUGAUCCAAGACCUGACAAGUAUUGUGAAAGAACAGAAAACAAAGAUUGCAGAAUUAACAAAAUCAAAUGAAGAAGCUACAGCAAACCUAAAGUGUCGAACAGAAGAACUUGAAACGCUGACUGAGGAGGACAAACAGAAGGCUGUUCAAGUUGAACUUCUGAAAAAGGAAAAUGGAAAACUUAUUUCUCAGAUGACAGCCCAGGAAUCUGUGAUUGAUGGGUUAAAAAUGGAAAGAAAAAUAUGGGGGCAGGAGUUGGCACAACAGGGAGCUCACCUUGCUCAAGAUCGGGGAAAGCUGGAGGCAAAAAUUGAAGUUUUAACGAAUGAGAUUGAGAUGUUAAAAAAGCAAAAGGAACAGGACAGUGAUACUAUAAGAAUUAAAAACAAAAUAGUGGAUGAUCAGACAGAAACAAUUAGGAGAUUAAAAGAAGGCUUACAAGAAAAAGAUAAACAAAUCAGAAAACUGCAGGAAGAAAAUCUGGAAGCUCGGAAAUUUUUUCAAGUACAACUGGAUGAAAAAGCUGCUGACUUUGAAGAGCUAAUGGAAAAAUUAGAAAGGCAAAAUGAAAGAAAAGAGGAAUUAAAGCAACUGCUAGAAGAAAAAGAAGUAGAACUUGAUGACAUUAAGAAUGCACACAGCACACUGAAAAAGAAGUGGCAAGGUAAAGGAGAGCUAUUAAGCCAGCUGGAGGUGCAGGUUAAACAAAUGAAGGAGAACUUUGAUGUCAAAGAGAAGAAGCUGAUUGAAGAGAGAAAUAAAAGUCUUCAAACUCAGAGGAUUGCUGUGGAAAAGCUUCAUGAAAUGGAUGAUGCUUUUAGAAAACAACUGGAGUCAAUGUUGGCAGCUCAUCAGGAAGAACUAUUGCAGCUAGCAAAUGAAAAGGAAAAACAAAUUGAAGCAGCAAAUGAAAAAGUUUAUUAUGUUGAAGAAGAAAUGCGGCAGCUUCUGCAGGAAACAGCAAACAAUAAAAAAGCCAUGGAAAAUAAAAUAAGACGACUUACACAUGCACUGAAUGAUAUUCAACAAGAUCUUUGAAGAUUAUUAAUAUGUACACUAAGAAUGUGUAUUACACAAACUUAAGCAAAUUCAUACACUACAACGCACUUUUCCUUGUUUUCUAGAGAAUAAAUUCUUUGUGAUAUAUUUUGAUGGUUCAGGAAUCAGACAUAGAUAUUUUUACAUAUAUAACAGUUAUUUUUAACCUUUGGUUAUUUUUAACUUUUGUCAGAAUGGGUCAAAACAUAUAUAGAUGAAAUGCAUCAUCUGAAAUUAGGAAUUAGUAUGUUUAAUAAGAGAAAAGAAGGUUGGACCUUUGCUGCUAAGACAAGAGCUUGAAACUCUGCUUCACUGGCGUAAAGAUUCUUGUAAUGAGAUCCAAGAAUUUACCUGAAACUAUGUUUAAU